AUGAGUAACGUGAUCCUCAUUGGCUCGGUGGCCACUUUGGCCUUUGUAAUCGCUUCACUCGUUACCAUGGUUGCUCUACUAAAGGAGAUUUCUGACCUACAGAUGGAAGUGCAGGUUGGCAUGGAUGAAUUCAAGGGGAUCUCGGAGGAUACUUGGAGCCGCAUCAUGACCAAGCAUUUGCACCCUACCGGCGUUUCGGAUGCUCUGCCCAAUUUUGAAUCUCUUUUUGCGCGCCGCCCUCGUGCCAAUGGUUUCCCAGAACAAUGCAAUUGUGGAGAGAAAUCUAGAGACUGCCCACCUGGGCCACAAGGACCUCCGGGUCCCAAAGGCCCGCCUGGAGAGCCUGGAAAAGACGGCGAGGAUGGAAGACCUGGCGCUCCGGGUGUUGCACUUGCGGUGACUCACGAACUUCCUGGAGGAUGCAUUAAAUGCCCAGCUGGACCACCGGGACCGCGUGGUCCUGCUGGAGACCAAGGCCCACCAGGACCAGCAGGACCUUUC